AUGUCCGGUGAACUGAUCAUCAAGGAUCAGCCCGUCGACGCCUCCGACUCCUUCGCUCUGCCCCCGGCAGCUCUGGGUCCCGCCAAGGGGGACUCAGCCAGCCGACGGUCCUCGCGAUCAGACCCAACUUACGUCCCCGCAUCCCCGACAUCCCCCGAGCUCACUGCUCGGGGACGGCCAUCCCAACAUGCUCGGUCGGGGACAGCAUCCAAGCGACCACUGGAGGAUCUGGACCUCCCUCCGCCGCCGACUCGCACCCGCAAGAUCAUUCAAAUGAAGCCCAAAUCUCCCGCAACUGCCAAGUCUCCUGCCAAGCCCAAAGAAUCCACCAAAGCAGCAGCUCAAACUGCAUCUGAGUCAGCAAAUGCCAAUACCAAUGGCUCCAAGAAGAAGCAGCCAAGUGCAACCAGUGCGGCGGGUCGCAAGAUUGCUCGUAAGACUGCUCACAGUCUGAUUGAGCGCCGCCGGCGGUCCAAGAUGAAUGAGGAGUUUGGGACAUUGAAGGAUAUGAUUCCCGCCUGCCGAGGCCAGGAGAUGCACAAACUGGCCAUCCUUCAGGCCAGCAUCGACUACGUCAACUACCUGGAAAAAUGCAUCCAGGACCUCAAGACCGCCGGCAGUGCCCAUCCCACAGCCGCGCCCCCAUCUCCCACCUCCCCCGAAUUCAUUGCCGAAACUGGCACAGAUACAGUCAUGUAUCAAGCACCCCAACGCCCUCCCUCUUCCACAUACUACUCCUCCGCCUCCUCUGCCGCUUCUCCAGAAAUAUUACCCCCAAACACUCACAUCUAUGACGCAUCUCCAUCAUUUUCUCCCCGCACAAGGAUGCCCUCUGUCCACACUCUCCCAGAGGCUCCCUCAAUCCUGCCCAGUCCCGCCUUGGGUCCUAGUCACCUGUCCAUGGACAAACUCCAUGAACUCCAAGGCAUUGAUCACGAAGCAUCCGCUGCGCUGCUGAUGUUGACGCGGGACCGCCGGGGGACUGCAGACUCAAUCAGCGAGCACUUCCCCGGUAGCACAGCACUGGCAACGCCAGAGGACGGCCGGGGAGUGUUGACUCGCAGCGGAGGAAGGGCAUGA